UAACGGAGAGAAGGUUGCCCUGGUGUCGCCGGAACAGCUUCUGAGGCAUCCCCUUGCACUGCUAGCUUUGGUGCCCAACGGCGUAGCCCUCUUCACCGCCGGUGCCCUUGCAGGAGCCGCUGCUAAAAGCCUGACCGCCCCUCUCGACCGCAUCAAGCUUCUCAUGCAGACUCACGCGUUACGCGUAGGAGAAGAAAGUGGGAGGAAGGAGAUUACUUUUCUUGAGGCUUUUAAACUUAUUGGGAAGGAGGAAGGCGUCAAGGGAUAUUGGAAAGGGAAUCUCCCACAGAUUAUGCGCAUAAUUCCAUAUAGUGCAGUGCAGCUUUUUUCAUAUGAAGUUUAUAAGAAAGUUUUCAGCGACAAGGAUGGAGAGCUCUCUGUUGUUGGUAGACUUUUUGCCGGUGCUUGUGCUGGGAUGACCUCAACCUUUUUAACCUAUCCUCUUGAUGUGCUACGUCUAAGAUUAGCAGUUGAAACUGGAUCCCAAACUAUGUCUCAGAUUGCCCUAAGCAUGUUAAGAGAAGAAGGUUUUUCUUCAUUUUAUGGUGGUCUUGGCCCAUCCCUCAUUGGAAUAGCACCUUAUAUUGCUGUAAACUUCUGCAUAUUUGACUUAAUGAAGAAAUCUCUUCCAGAGAAGGAUAGGAAGAGGCCAGAGUCAUCUCUGAUAACUGCAAUGGUGUCUGCCUCAGUGGCCACAUUUAUGUGUUAUCCCCUUGAUACUGUGAGAAGGCAGAUGCAAAUGAAAGGCUCACCUUACAAUACCAUUUUUGACGCUUUUCCUGGUAUUUUGGAACGUGAUGGAUUUGUUGGAUUAUAUAGAGGAUUUUUGCCUAACGCACUUAAAAGUCUUCCAAACAGCAGCAUUAGGCUAACAACCUUUGAUAUCGUUAAAGGUCUCAUUCGUGCCGGGCAGAAGGAGCUGGAAGAAAUCAGGGAGGAAAACAAUGAAAAAAUAGUUAACUGAAAUGUUGUAGUGAUUUCUGAUGCUUUAUUCUUCCAAUGUAGAUCUUCUUGUUGAGCAUGAAGCAGUUCUUCUAUUAAAUUAAUUUCAUGA